AUGUCUUCCGCAGCAGAGUAUGCCCACCACUUCUCGCAGAAGAAUGUUCCGUUCGGCAUCGCAUCGUCGACAGCUCGCCAACGUCCUCGUGCGGCAACCAGGAUCGGCAACACUGUUAUCUGGCUAGAAGCGUUGUGCCAGGAUGGUUUCUUCUCUGACAUUGAGGGCCUCCCUGAUGACACCUGGUCUCACGAAACACUGAACACCUUUGCCAACCUACCGAAAUCCGUGCAAAGCAGCGUACGGCGGGAGCUUCAAGAUGCAUUUGAGAGGAACGGCAUCGACGCGUUCCCUGUCUCGGCGACAGAGGACAUUGGCGCAGUGACCAUGCAUCUUCCUGUGGCUAUUGGGGACUUUGCGGACUUCUCGUGCUCCUUGGAGCAUGUCAAGAACGCUGGCAGAAUCAUCAUCAAUGAUGAGCGCCCACCCCCGGCAUUUUUCAACUUCCCUAUCGGUUACCAAGGGCGGGCAAGCUCAAUUGUCGUCUCAGGAACAGAAAUCGAGAGGCCCUGGGGCCAAUUCAGGAACCCCAAGGCCAUGGGUCCGGAUACUCCCCGAAAUGAGCCUUCCAUCAUUUUCGGGCCAUCUCAAAAGAUGGACUACGAGCUCGAGCUUGCUGCCAUCAUUGGCAAGCCACUGCCUAUGAGGCAGCGACUGAAUGCAGCCGACGCUGAUGAACACAUUUUUGGGUUCGUCAUCCUCAAUGACUGGAGUUCCCGGGAUAUCCAAGGAUUCGAGAUGAUGCCUCUCGGGCCCUUCAACGGCAAGAGUGUUGGCUCGACAAUGUCACCAUGGGUGGUGACACUUGAUGCCCUCGAACCGUUCAGAUCGAACGGACAACUUCAGCGUUCUGUGCCUCGAUAUCUUGAAGAUACCGAUAGGGCAUCUUAUAACAUAAUAAUGAAGGCAGAAAUCGUGGCUCGAGGCGACGCUACAACUGUUGGCACCUGCAGGGUGCAAGAUCUCUACUGGAGCAUGAGGCAAAUGACGGCCCACGCAUCAGCGGACCCGGAGAGGGCGCCCUAG